AUGCACCAACGGCUUGGUAGUUCGAGUGGCUCGCCAGGCACUCGAGCGGGGCGCCGCUCAUCGCUCGCCCUCACCCCCGAAGACGAGCCCUUAGUUGACGUCGCUAACAGAUCACCGCCGCCGUCGAACAUCCCUUCGGCCUUGCUGUACUCCCCUCCGGAACCACUUGAGCUGCUAUGCGUGUUCCCGGAGCGAGCUUCGCGCGCCCGCGAAGCCCUGGAUUCCUUCCGCCGCGACAUGGACACCCGUUUGCCGCACGUAGUGCUGAUCGACGCGCGCCAACCGCAGUCCCUCGACGCCAUUUUGUUGGCCAGAGCCAUAAAGGGAAUGAAAAAUACGCAGCACAUAAUUAUCGUGGCAAUUGUCAAGAAAAGUGCUUACCUGAAGGAUGACUUCGCCGUUCUGCCGUACCUGGAGGCGGGCUUCAGUCGGGUGAUGGUGGAGACGCUUGGGGCGACCGCUUGGUGCGCGGAGAUACUCCAGGCUCGAGCGGCGGCUGCCUCGGCCCGCGCUCAGAUCGGUGCGGUGGCAGCCCUGGCCGCCGCCACAGACAGGUGCCGCGACCUAGUCGCCGUCACCGACGACCAACAGAGGGUGCUGUUGACCAACAAAUCGUGGAGCCGUAUGCUCGGCUGGCGCUCGGACGACGGCCCCCGGCCGCUGACGGACACAGUGGGGGGCGAAGCCCUACGGUUGGCAUCGACUGGAGCGCGCGACUGGGAGGCUCCGGUCAUGCUACGGCGGAGGGCUGCGCCCGACCCAAUUCUGUUGCCUUGUCGGGGGGCGUCUGUUGCUCUGGCAAGGAGCACAUCGCACAUCGUGUUCGUAUGCGAGUCCAGCACCGACGGGGAGCGGGCUCGUGGCUCCUUACACUCCAUCAGGCGGGGCUCUCUGGACGUCCGCUCCGUCGCCUCCGAUGGCUUGCGUCGAACUUCCCUUGCCAAGCUGCAGGGCCUGCCGUUAGAAGCGCCCAUCACCAAGGUGAUAUCACUGCUGUCUACUGCUACCGAGGGCGCCCCGCCUUCCACCGUCGCUUGCAUCGAGCGUGCGGUUGACAUGCUGAGGACGUCCGAACUGUACUCACCGCAGAUGAAAGAAGACCCAAAGCUCAGGGCCGAGGACCCCAUCGCGACAGAUCUCAUCGGCGCCUUGCUAUCGCGGGAGCAAGUGAACACAAACUUGUUCUUCAUGCAAGGGCCGACCAACGUCUUGUCAUCCCGACGAAGCAGCAACGACUCUACCGUCGUCAGGUCCCAAACAAACAGGACCAACAUCAAGCACAAGACAUCGGGUCAGCUGCGCGAGCUACUGGACACGGCGCUGAGCUGGGAGUUCGAGAUAUUCCGCCUCGAGGACUUGACGCGGGGCCGCCCGCUCGCCCACUUGGGGCUGGCCCUGAUGGGGGGCCGCUUCGACGUGUGCUCGACCCUCGAGUGCGACGAGCGCACCCUGCUGCACUGGCUCACCGUCAUCGAGACCAACUACCACGCCGUCAACACCUACCACAACUCCACCCACGCCGCCGACGUACUCCAGGCUGUAGCGUACUUCCUGGAGAAAGACCGUUUGAAGACGCUGCUGGAGCCGUUGGAGGCGGCCGCGGCGCUCAUAGCCGCGGCUGCGCACGACAUAGACCACCCGGGCACCUCGUCCGCCUUCCUCUGCAACUCGCGCCACCCGCUCGCCAUCCUAUACAACGACGUCUGCGUCCUGGAGUCCCACCACUCGGCGCUCACAUUCAAGCUGACGCUUAAUGACGAACGCGUGAACAUUUUCAAGAAUCUCGACCGCGAAACAUACAAGACGGUCCGUCACAACGUCGUCGACAUGAUCCUAGCAACGGAGAUGACGAAGCACUUCGAGCACCUCGCCAAGUUCGUCAACGUGUUCUACGCCAAGGCCGGUGGCAGCAAAGAAGACGGCAUGCAAACCGACGAGCCACUGUCGUUAGACACUACAGCGUUGUCUCAGCCGGAGAAUGUAAUCCUUGUCAAGAGGAUGAUGAUAAAGUGUGCUGAUGUGUCCAACGCCUCCAGGCCUCAGAAGUUCGCCUUUGAAUGGGCAAGGAGGAUCGCUGAGGAGUACUUCCUGCAAACGGACGAAGAGAAGGCUCGCGAGCUGCCAGUGGUUAUGCCAAUGUUCGACCGCGCCACUUGCUCAGUGCCAAGAUCCCAGAUCGGCUUUAUCGAUUACAUCAUAAUCGACAUGAUGGAGGCCUGGGCAGCGUUCAUCGACAUGCCGGAGUUAGUGAACCACGCGCGCAACAACCACACCCGCUGGCGCGAGCUCGACGAGGCCGGCGUGAGCUCGAUGGCCGACGUGAAACGGGCAAUGCGCCAGCAGGCAAUACAAUCCCCGCCCACUUCCACCUCGCAGCCCACCGCCGAGGAG